CCACCAGUGUUUUUGAGCCAUCCGAGUCGAGGAGGGCGAGGGCCCCCAGUUGAGUAGGGCGGAGAGCAGGAGGAGGAGUGUGCGCGCUUGCGCGUGCGUGCAGACACUUUGUACUCCUGCUUGGUUUUGGUUAGCAGUUUAUGGAGAACCGCAGUGGGGAAAACAACGUCCAAUCCCGGCCAACUCACAAGGGUCAAUCCGCGAUGAGUUGGGGAACAGAGCUCUGGGACCAGUUCGAUAAUCUGGACAAGCACACUCAAUGGGGGAUCGACUUCCUGGAGCGUUAUGCAAAGUUCGUAAAGGAAAGGUUGGAAAUUGAGCAAAAUUAUGCUAAGCAGCUCAGAAACUUGGUUAAGAAAUACUGUCCGAAACGCUCCAAAGAUGAGGAACCAAGAUUUACAUCAUGUGUGUCAUUUUAUGGCAUACUGAACGAGCUGAACGACUACGCUGGUCAGAGGGAGGUGGUGGCAGAAGAGAUGGGACAUAAGGUUUAUGGAACACUGAUGAAGUACAGCCAGGACCUCAAAGCAGAGCGGAAACAUCAUCUGCAGGAGGGCAGGAAAGCCCAGCAGUAUUUGGAUCACUGCUGGAAACAGAUGGACAACAGUAAAAAGAAGUUUGAAAGAGAAUGUAAGGAAGCAGAGAAAUCCCAAUUAACCUAUGAGCGGUUAGACAAUGACAUCAAUGCUACAAAAUCAGAAGUUGAGAAGGCCAAGGCCCAGUAUUACUUGCGGACUCACAUGGCUGAUGAGAGUAAAAACGAGUAUGCUGCCCAGCUGCAGAACUUCAAUGCGGAGCAGUGGAAGCAUUUCAACAACGCCAUACCACACAUCUUUAAGAACCUGCAAGAUAUGGAUCAGCGUCGAACAGUGAAGCUUGGGGAGACGUACCGAAGCUUUGCAGAAGCAGAACGAAGAGUCAUUCCUAUUAUUUCCAAGUGUUUAGAAGGAAUGGUUUCAAUGGCCAAAGCUGUUGAUGAACGAAGGGAUUCUGGCAUUGUUGUGGAGUCAUUUAAAUCCGGCUUUGAACCCCCAGGUGAUUUUCCCUUUGAAGACUUCAGUCAGAAUUUAAGUAGAACAGGUUCAGAUGGGGCCAUCAGUAAUACACCCAAGGGAGAGCGAGACGGUGUUCCGGUGUCACGAGCGGACCCAAAACACGCGAUGAGUAAAACCAAGAACAAGCUCUGGCUCUUCGGGAAGAAACCAAAGUCCCCUUCUUCAUCUCCUCCUCUACCUCCUUCAUCCUCCUCCCGUCAACGGCCUUCCUCACAAAUGUUCCCUCCAAAUCGGUUCAGCACUGACCGAGUGAACAACUAUCUGUCUGAGAUAAAGACUUCGGUACCCAGAAUUCCCCAGAACUUGAAGGGUCUCAGAAGAGGGUGGUCUGUCAAGAUGGCUCCGUCAGUGGAAGAUUUCAGCCACUUACCCCCUGAACAGAGAAGGAAAAGGUUGCAGCAGAAAAUUGAUGAACUCAACAACAAGCUCCAAAUAGAGAUGGAUCAGAGGGAUGCACUGAACAAAAUGAAAGAUGUGUAUGAGAAGACUCCACCAAUGGGCGACCCCAACAGCCUGCAGCCCAAAAUAUCAGAGACCAUAUUCAACAUGGAAAAGCUCCGCUCUGAAAUCCACAAGCAUGAGGCUUGGUUGUCAGAGGUGGAAGGAAAGCAGGCCUCCAGAGACAGAAGGCAUAGUGCUGACAACCAUCAUCCCACUCCCCAAGGCAGAGAGAGUCCUGAAGGCAGUUACACAGAAGACACAAGUCAGGAGCACCACACACCUCAUCAUCACUCCAGUCCCCCGCAGCCUGGACACCCGAGCACCGACCCACAUGAGUUUGAUGAUGAGUUUGAUGACGAUGAUCCGCUACCUGUCAUUGGACACUGUAAAGCUUUGUACUCAUUUGACGGUCAGAAUGAGGGAACACUAGUCAUGGCAGAAGAUGAGGUGUUGUAUAUCAUUGAGGAGGAUAAAGGUGACGGCUGGACGAGGGCGAGGAAACAGAGUGGGGAAGAGGGCUACGUCCCCACCACCUAUGUAGAAAUCACCAUGGAGAAGAACUGUAAAGGUUCCUGAGGGCUGCAGGGUGGCCAGGUGGUUUGGUUGGCUGGUGGAGGGCUCUCGCUGAUUGCUGAUUUUUGGUGGUGGGGAGAGAGAGAGGGAAAGAGAAGGGCAAGUUUGCAUGUCAGCAUGCUCUCACGUCCAUAACAGCUUUUAACAGAAGAGCAGGGGAGCUACUAAAUAGUAGAUGGCAGUAAAACCAAAAGUAUUAUUAUUAUUUUAAUGAUGGUAAUAACUGCAUGAAGUGGUUACAUUUCCCUCAACUGGAUUUUAAAAAAUAAUUGGUGAGGGUAAAGAGUCAGACUGCCAAAUUUGCAUAGUCUGCUUUCACUAGCCAACAGGAGCCGUUUUUCACAAUCUCGGCAGAACACUACAAAACAAUGACAGCAAAGGGAAUACAGUAGCUUGAAUUUUGCAUAUCUGCUAAUUGGGAUGUGUGCCAAAGUCCACUAAGUCAUAAUAACAAACAUCUCAGCCCUUACUAAUCUCAGGCAAAAAUAUACAAGGUAGCUAAUGUAUUUAAACCACCUGCAAGCAAAAAUGCUACACUAGUUUGCACCCAUUGCUUUUUUUUUUUGUUUUAAUUUAAAUUGUGUUUUCUAGGGCAACAUUUUACCCAUUCUGGAAAUGAGGACAAAAUAAUAUAUUGCAGGCUUAGUAAAUUUGACUAUGGAGCCCCAAAAGGACAUGAAAAAGGAAAAACGAGUGUCGCAUGAACAUGUGUGUCGUCUGGUGCGCUUGUGUUAUUUAGCGCCCACGUUUUAGUAUCUGGUGGUAAUAUCAAGUUUGUACAUUAGUAUCUGGUGCAUGCAUACUUUACUGUCUAGUGGGGGUGUAAAAAUGAAUCGAUAUGGAUUGAUGAAUCGAUUUGUUACGCUAAAUUGAAAUACAGCAAAACAUUUUUAUAUCAUUGUCGUUUAGAAUGCAAUUUUGAUAAAAAGGUUUUCUUUGAAAUUUUUGAAAUAUUUCAGGAAAUUGUCUCAAAUUAAAAUUACUUUGUAUGUUUUUUUGCUCCAGGUGAAAUGGAACUGAUUGUGUUAAAUUUGCACAUAUAGUAUUGAAUCGAUCAAAGGCCCGUGAACUGAAUUGAACCAUGGCAGAUUUUGUAAUCAUGACAAAUAUAAUAUUGUUGUGCAAAAUCAUAUUGUUUCAUCAUGGAAAUGGUGUUUUGCAUCCCUACGCUUCCUAGUGCACAGGUAUUCUGGUGUACUCGUUUUAUUAGCUGGUGAAAACUUGUUAGUAUCUGCUGUACACACAUUAGUAUGUGAUGCACGCGUGUUAGUUUCUGUUGCAUCUAGCGUUAGCAUCUAGUGCGUGCAAUGUGGCAUCUGGCGCACACAUGUUAGUAUAUGAUGCAGAAGUAUUAGUAUCUGAUGCACCCCUUGUUAGCAUCUGCUUCACAGGUGUACGCGCAUCCACUGCCUGCGCUUUUAUAUCCGUGUGCUUAGUACUUGGUACACAUGCUAGAAUGAGGGGUGGGAACCUCUGGGUACCUCAAGAUACGAUACGAAUUGUGCUACAAGGCUCACGAUAACGAUGAUCUCACGAUUUGGCAAUAAAACAAUUAUUGAGACAUGGGUCAGGAAUUGAUUCUAGGAUAUUCGACAAUACAACUAAUAAACACAAAAACAAGCUCUUUUCAUCCCUCUGGUAGGAGUAGGAAUGAGUUAAUCACUAGUAGACGUCCAGGAGGGGUUGAAUUCGCUGCCACCCUCCCACUUCAAACAGAUUGGACGUCAAUGCCUGUCAGUGGCAGAGUCAAUUUUGGGGCAUUUCACUUCAUUUUCUGUUGAUUUUCAGGCACCUGCUUUUUCUUUACGGGUCACUUCCUGUUGACUCGAGCAUGUCCCCUCAAAAUCAAUAUGAACCAACCUGUAAAUGCCCUAAAAUGAACAUGGACACUAUUUUAAUGGAAGAUUGUGGUCGCAAACUGUUGGUUCCAUUUUUUUUUUUUAAUAAGUAAACGACAUAUUGAUUCUUAUUGGGAGCAUAUUGAUAAGGCUACAAAGUAUCGCAAUAUAUCACCUUUUCAAUACAGGUAGUCCCCAGGUUACAACGUACCAGACUUAAGUGAUUUCAACUUUACGACGCCGCAGCCUCGUCCGCCAUUUUGUCUCGAGUCGUUUUUUUUUUAAGUCACGUAAACAGUACAUUAUUGUAGGACACCGAGUGACCGCGCUAAAUGCUAACGCGAACGCUAUGCUAACGCUCCAAAUUAGUUUAGUGUGUGAUGAUCACUCAGCACAGACCUUUAAAGGCUAAAGCAACAUGGCAUAGCCAAGAAAAGAAAACAAAUAUUACUAAGCAGCAGCUGACACGUUUCACAACAUGAGCACACAGGCUUAAAGCGGAAGUUCAGGAUUUUUGACAUUAGGCUUAAUCUUCGAGUUAGCAGGGGAUUAGUUAGUUGGUGGAGUUGAUUUCAACAAAUUCUGUUUCGUUUGCUUAUUCGUUAGUUUCAGGACUCCGGCGUGGCUAAGCUAGCGCGAGUCAAUGGCGCCAUUAUAGGAUGACAAUAAAAAACAACAUAUGCACACAUGAAAAUCAUCGAUGACCCAUGCAAUCAAUAGUGUUGGCUAUGUUUUCAGGAUAAAGUUAUUAAAACUUACUAUUGCAUGUCAAUAAUUGCAGUAUGAACAGCAACAUUUGUAAUCCAGAAGGUCUGCAGAGAAGCUGGGUGGAGUGAUAUCACAUCGUUUUUUGUUUUUUUUUUCCACCGCUGAUUUUUUAAUGUCGUAGCCAGCAGCAAGUGACCAGUUUAUAUUUUUCCUCGUUCUUCAUAGGGAAUUUGUGGAAACUUUCCUUUGCCCGUUUCUUCUUUAUGUUUCCACAGCCUCUAAAAUCACAUUUUGCCCUGUUGCCGCUCGUCAAUUAACUCAGCAGACUGAUGCUGCAUUCGAGGAAGGUGGGAAGUCAGUUUCCAACCUCUCAUCUGGAAAAAUAUCAUUAAUACUCCUCCACUGUUUGAUCGCUUGUGAGAAGUCAGGUUUGCUGGAGGUCAAUUAUGUCUUUCCAAGGCCAAAAUAAAAAACAGCUUGUGUAGAUCAACCAUCUUUGCUGUUUACAUUCGCUUGGAAUGCUUUUAAACUGGUACCCUCCGAGCAGGAUAAGUUCGACUUCCCACCUUCCUCAAAUGCAGCGUGAGAACGAGUGACCGAAGCACUCCUCUUUAUUGGGGUCGUAUUACGCAUCUAAAAAAAAAAGUCCUGCAGAAUGAAAUGAAUUACGACAGUUUGGGGUAACAUUGUUUUGGCCACAUAGGUGUUUUGAAACAAUGAUCUGUGACCAGUUUGUUUCGUCUGAUCCAGACGAAACAGAAUUUGUUGAAAUCGGCUCCACCAACUAACUAAACUAGGGCUGUCAAACGAUUCAAAUUUUUAAUCGAGUUAAUCACAGCUUUAAAAUGGAUUCAUCGUAAUUAAUCGCAAUUCAAACCAUCUAUAAAAUAUGCCAUAUUUUUCUGUAAAUUAUUGUUGGCAUGGAAAGAUAAGACACAAGACGGACAUAAACAUUCAACAUACUGUACAUAAGUACUGUAUUUGUUUAUUAUAACAAUAAAUCCACAAGAUGGCAUUAACAUUAUUAACAUUCUUUCUGUUAAAGGGAUCCACGGAUAGAAAGACUUGUAGUUCUCAAAAGAUAAAUUUGAGCACAAGUUAUAGUAGUUUUAUAUUAAAACCUCUCUUAAUGUUCUCGUUUUAAUGAAAUUUGUAAAACUUUCGAUCAAAAAAUAAACUAAUAGCUCGCCAUUGUUCACGUCGCCGAGCGGUACGUCACAUGGGCUCCAUGCCGUUCUUCCACAGUGUCUUUAACUACGUAAGGUAGUGAUUGAAAUACACAUUAGGGUGUCAAUGGCGAGUUUUAAAUUAAUUAGCGAUCAAGCCAAGGCAGUCUGAGUAUGUUUUAUGUCUAUUUUGCAUAGCUAUUUUAUUGGGAAUGCCAGUUCUCUUUGCCUUGAGCGCUUUUCUUUUUGUGAACAUUAUUUUUUUGAGGGAUAGGAAUAUUAUUUUUGUUGUGCUUUCACUAAAUGAUACUGUAGCGACUUAACUGUUCCGCCCAAAUGCAUGAUGGGAAGUUGGGCAACCAUGACUGUCAGUGGUUGCUGCAAAUGGUAUACAGUAUGUUCUGCGUUGUGUUCAAUUAAGCGUGUUAAGAAAAAGAUUGUCUCCUGUCAUUCUUCCCCACGUCAUUCGCCACAAUACUUAAAUUUGUUGUAAAAGAGUUGCCAAUGGUCCAAUGAACACCUGUGUCCAAACCGCAUUUCUCUGCCUUUUUGCUCUCAAUGUGCUAAAACGGCGUCAUUGUAAACUGUUUCAAGCAACGCAUGAAUGGUUCAUUCUGUGCAUGCGUUAAUUGUGUCAAUUUCGACGUGAUUCAUUAAAAAAAAAUAAUUACCGCCUGUUACAGUGAGAAAUUUGACAGCCAUAAACUACACCCCUGCCACCUCAAAGAUUAAGCCUAAUGUGAAAAAUCCUGAACUUCCACUUUAAGCCUGUGUGUGGGGCGACGGAGUGGGAUGCAGCACGUCACAUGAGUGACAUGACCACACACUGCUAAAUGCGUUCUAACUACACAUACAAUAAGAAAAUAUCAGACAUUGUGAAUUUAUGACUUAAACUAUGGCAAAUUUUCAUCUCGUUCUCGUGUCGUGAGACGAUAACUGGCAUCCAUCUUGUUAUGUUUUAGUCACCCAAGACACGUUUUCAGCGCGUCAUCUUGACCUCAUCGUCCAUCAUGAAAAAAUUGUUUGUUGACGAAAACAACUCUGGUGCUGAGAAAAAAAAUAAUCAAACAUUUGUAAGCAAUUACUCACACUGUUACUCAUUACUUGAGUAUUCGUUUGACCAAAUACUUUUUUACUUGUACUUGAGUACAUUUUUUAGCUGACUACUUUUACUUGAGUAAUAUUAUUUUGAAGUAAUGCUACUCUUACUUUAAUACAAUUUUUGGCUCCUCUACCGACUUCUGGCCGGGGACGACGUGUAUAUUGUCACACCUCUAGUUAGUAUCUGAUCUAAUGUUAGUAUUUGAUGACUACUCAUUAGUAUCCACUGCGUGCGCAUUGGUGUCCACGUCCGAUGUGUAAACGUUACUCCUAUUUCGUAUACUCAAAUGGUAGGUACUUUUUUUUUUAAUUAUGUCUCUUUUGGGGUUCUGUACAUUAUAGUAUUUACUGCCACUAACAAUAUCAGAGCCACUCUAUUCACUCAUCCUUUUCACCACCAUCAUCAUCUAUGCUCUGUUGGAGAUGCCUGCCUGCCUGCCUGAGCCAC